AUGGAAGAUCCCCAAUUCAAUAACAAUAGCCAGCAUAUGUUAAUAUCAAAUCUCAAUCCUCAUAACCGGGCUGGUACCACCAGCAGAUCAAGUACCAAAAGUAUAACUUCUAUGGAUACUAUCAAUACUGGUAUCGAUGAAAUUGAUAAUUUAGAUAUAGAUUUAGAUAUUACCAAUACUAAUACACAUAUAAACACACAUACAAAUACACAUAUGCAGCCCGAUGCAAAUUCACAUACAGAUAUUCACAAUGAUAGUAAUACUAAUAAUAAUCAUAAUAAUAAUAAUGGAGAGGUAAAUUCCACAAUGCCGAUGUAUAUGGAAGGGUUAGAAUAUAUGCUGGAUGAUUGGGUAGCUAGUUCCCCAGUUGCUGCACAAACAAAGGAUAAUACUAUUAUGAAUACUUCCUCUACUCCUCAUACUAAUACAAUGAAUGCUACUUCUCAAACAGCCAAUACUCCUUCAAAUAUCGACAAUAUAGGGAAUGGCCAUUCAAAUUUGGUUUCUCCCCAAAAUGAUGGGUUCAAUAAUUUCCUUAAUGUUCUCUCAUUUGAUUCUUCAAAAGAUAAUACUACUACUGCUGCUGCUGCUGCUGCUGCUGCUAAUAAUAAUAAUAAUAAUAAUAAUAAUAAUAAUAAUAAUAAUAAUAAUAAUAGUAGUAGUAGUAGUAGUAAUAAUAAUAAUAAUGGAAACUCACUGGCUCACAUCGAUUCAAACCAUUCUACUUCGAUAAAAAAUGAGUCCAUAGAAGACUUACAAGUUUUGCAUAAUAAUAGUAGUACUAAUAAUGAUAAUAAUAACAAUGAUGCCACUGCAACUAUACCAACUCCAAAUUCGAAUUUAAAUUUAGGAAACACAACCCCAAAUAAUACCAACAACGGAAAUACCAAUAGCAUUAAUCCCAUUUCAUUUGGUAGAACUGAUCCAAUACACACAAAGUAUAUUAAUCCUGUAGAUUUUAUGGAAAACAUCAAUAACCCGACUUUAAUAAAUCACAAUUUACCGUAUCAAUUAAGUUUAUCAGGGUUGCCAAAAAUCUCAAGAGUGGAGAAUCAAAUAAAAAUUAACUUAGAAAUUUUCCCACCUUUACCAAGUAAUUUAAAUAUGGUUUAUUUACCUACCGAUUCUAUCGCAAAACAGAAAUUAUAUUUAACAAAGGAUAUUGAACAUUAUUCUAUUGAAUUGCAAAAAAAUUUGGUAUAUUUGAAUUGUUUCCUUUUGUCAACAUCAAACUAUUCAAAAUCAACGUUUGUCUGUCAAAGAUGUUUAAAAAGAGAAUUAAGGCGUGCUUCGAGAAGAAAAUCGGGUCUAUCUGAUAACGUUCUUUGGUAUAAUAACUUAAAUAGGAGAGCUAUCAUCUUCAAUAAUAAACAAAUCCUACCGUUACAUUCUAAUCCAAUCUCAACAAGUUUUCAAUUAACUUCAAGAAUUGUUUGCUAUUCAAGACAUCAUGAUUCACCUGAUGGUUUUACACUUUUAUUUGUUUUAACUGAUUAUAAUGGUAAUAUAUUAGCGAAACAAAAAUCAACUCCUAUUGUAAUUAUGGAUAAAAAGCCUUCUUCUUAUAAUCAUUCAUCUCAAAAUUCUAAUAUUACAUCUAAUAUGGAAAAUGGAAUGUCGACAGAUACAAGUACGAUGUCAAACACCACUGCAAGCCAUUACUCAUAUUCCAAUACUAGCAAUACAGAGUCAGGUACUGAUGAUACAAUGCCAAUUAUAAGUUCUGUAAGUCAAUUACAAUUACAACAUCAACUAUUACAACAGCAGGGUAAUAAUAUACAGAAUACUAACGGAAAUCCGCAUCAACAGCAAUUAAAUUUACACCAACAACAAUCUCAAUCUCAAAUAAAUACUGGCAACUUUCCAAUUAAUCAUCCUCACCAUUCUCUAUUAUUUAAAUCAGGUAAGAUGAUACCAUCUCCUUCCUCCUUAAGUGAAGAUGGGUUUGAUUCUUCUUCAAGACAAAAUAAUUCCAACCUUCAGAAUAACAUUCAAAACAAUAAUAAUAAUACUGCUAAUACAAACCAUUUUAACAGAUCUUUUCUGGAGAACAACAACAACAACAAUAAUAAUAAUAAUAAUAAUAAUAAUAAUAAUAAUAAUAAUAAUAAUAAUAAUAAUAAUAAUAAUAAUAAUAAUAAUAAUAAUAAUAAUAAUAAUAAUAAUAAUAAUAAUAAUAAUAAUAAUAAUAAUAAUAAUAAUAAUAAUAAUAAUAAUAAUAAUAGCAAUAGUGAUUUAAAUAAUGGCAGAAAUUCGAUUAGCUCAAAUACUUCUUCAAAUUCAAUAUUUAAUUUGAAUUCCCCCUUACAAUCAAAUAAUAACUUGCAAUUGAAGCAUGGUAAUAAUUUCAAUUCGAACUCAAACUCACCUCUAACGAACUCGAUGAAUCACAACAAUCCAAAUUCUAAUAAUAAUCUCACCACUGCGACAGGAUUUGGAAUAAACCCAGACCAGCCAGCGGUUCAAAGAGCUAUUCCAUCUCAAGGCCCAAUUAAUGGUGGGAUUGAAGUAACUCUUCUAGGGUCUAAAUUUAAACCAGGACUAGUUGUUAAAUUCGGUAAUAACAUCGCCUUAUCUACUCAAUGUUGGAGUGAAACGACAAUGGUUACUUAUUUACCACCAACUACAAUGGCAGGGCAAGUCUUCAUCACCGUAUUUGAUGCAUCAGUGAACACAGAAAAUGAAAUUCAAUCUGGUAAUAAAACUAUUUUCACCUAUAUCGAUGAAACUGAUAGGCAAUUAAUUGAAUUAGCAUUGCAAAUUGUUGGUUUAAAGAUGAAUGGUAAAUUAGAAGAUGCAAGAAAUAUUGCGAAGAGGAUUGUUGGUACUGAUGAUAAUACAACUAGUAAUAAUAAUUCUCCAAGCAAUGUAUCACCUAAUAAUAUUAGCAAUAACGCAAACAAUACCUAUUCAUAUGCUGAUGAGAUUUUAUUGGUUAAUGUUAUCAAUUCAUUGAGAUCAAACUUUAACUUAUCUAUGUGUGACAAAUUAGGUAGAACUAUGUUACAUCUGGCUUCUUUGAAAGGGUAUGAAUUAUUAGUAUCGACAUUAAUUAAAAAUGGUGCUAGAGUUAAUGAUAAAGAUUCAUUUGGUUUCACUCCUUUACAUUUUGCUUGUGUAAAUGGUAAUUUUAAAAUCAUCAAGAUAUUGUUGAGUUGUAAUGCUGAUUAUUCAAUAAAAGCACAGAAUAAUAUCACUGCAAAAACUCUUUAUAUUUUGAACCAUAUAGACAACAAACAAGGUACUGCUAGAAACAACUAUACUAAUAACAGUAAUGAUACAGAAAUGCAGGAUCACAACAGUUUAUCUACGUCACAAGUUUUAACUUUAUUUGAUAACAUCGCUGGCUCCCAUUCUGUUUUAAAUAAUAAUAAUAAUAUACAAUACCUAGAAAACCGCAACCAAUUUUUCCAAGACGAAAUUAUAGUGCCUAUUGAUAGAAAGGAUUCAGAAACCAGUUUAUUUGAUACGGAAUCCUUAGAUAACAGUACUAAUAAUUUAAAUUCUAAUUUUGUCUCAAUUAGUCGUUCAAGUGCAAAUCAACCUUCAUUUAUUUUAAGUGAUUCUGACUACCAAAGAAGUGAUUAUGAAGAAGAUGGCGAUGAAGAUUUAUUAACAGAAGAUUCGUUGGCUGCAUCAGCAUUGGUUGAUGGAAUUGUGGAUAAGAAUAACAAACAUCAUAACUUAAUUUUAAAUAAUCAAGAAAGUAUGAAUUCUACUAAUAUAACGAAAACAUUUAAUCCUGAAGAAUCUACUAUUAACAAUCAAAACCAGCCCGAAAAUACAGCUCAUAAGAUGGUUUCUAAAGGAGGGAUGUUAAACAUUCAACGUAACAAUUCUGUUAUUAUCAAUAAUGGUGAUACUUCUACUAUUUGUGAAGAAAGUUCUACAAAUAUUAACGGUAGUAAAAGCAAAAACAACACUAAUGGUUCUACAUCUAAUGUUAAUGAAAGUGAUACUAGUAAUAAUAAUAAUAAUUCUUUAUGGAACAGAGUUUUAAAUAAAUUUAAUGAUGAUUUUGAUUUACCAAGAUAUGAUGAACUCUUUCCCUCUAAUUUUCAAAAUCCUAUGGAUAAGUUUAAGGAAUUGACAAUUGGUACCGACCAUGAGAGUUCCUCAACAAAUUUGAAUGUUACAGGAAAUUCUAACACAGAAGAUUCUUCUAUUGGGUCAUCAGAAGAUGAAGAUGAAGCUAUACAAAUGAAAUUAAAUAGAUUUUUCCAGCAAAGGCAAAAUUUUGAAAAUGACAAAAUGCUAUUAUUCUUUUGGUUACCAUUGAUGAUUAUAUUAAUGUGUUGGUACGCUAUCUUUAAAUUUGGACCAGAUAAUGAUUUUGUUCAUAAGAUAAGUAACAUUGUGCCAAAAUAUUUAAGAAUUGGAUCUGCAAAGGUAAUUUUUGGUAAUGAAAGAAUGAAAGCCGCUUUAAGAGAGCAACUUUCGAAUUUCCAAAAUGCAAGACCUAUUAACGAAGACCUGCUCAUUUAA